UGCGCCGGGCUGUUGGUGCGGGAGGCCUCCGCCACCCCCUGCGGCUCCGCGGGGCUGGCAGCGGGGCGAGUUCCGGGCUGGCGGCUCCGCUGGGGAGCCGCGCCGGCCCUGACCGCAGGCAGCGGUAGGAGCGGGCGCUGCCUCCGUGCUGGGGCUGCCCGGCCUGCGGGCCGGCCGCGGAGCUCGGGAGGUGGCUGCGGGGAGCGGCGCCGCCGCGCUGGCAGGGCCGCAGCCCCGUCCCGACUGCCGGGGGUGCGGAGGGAAGUGGCGACGCCGUUAAACCGCCGCCUGUCGCGGAGGGGACGGAGGCGCCGCGGGAAGGUUCGCGGCACUCGAGAGGUGCCUCCCUCGCUGCAGCGCCGCGUCGGCAGAACCGGAGUAACCUGGGUUUGCGGGGCCUGCGCUUCGGGUCCCGGAGCCUCCGCGCUCCCCCGGCUCGCAGGCACGUUUUCCCGUGGUUCUUUCUCCCCCGCAUCGCUCGCUGCAGCCGAAGCUUCGGGCAGGCUGGGGUGUCAGUUGAGCUGUGCAGUGCCGUUCCUGUCCGCAGUACCAAAAAAGCCUGUGAUGCGGAAAGAAAAAUGUGAGAGGAAGGUUUAUGUAGGGACAGAAUCCAAAACCGUAUUUAACAUGGAAGCAGCGUUACACUACUAAGAAAAAAAUAAAACCCUUACAUUUAUAAUAGCAUUUGAACGAAUGUGGGUUGUGGAUAUUUCUGUUGGCUGCCUGUGCCCCUUUUUCUACAAUUAUUUUAGUGUACUAUAGUUUUUAAGGCUUGGUUCUUCAGCUUAGCUUUUGUGGUUUCAUAUUCCAUGCAACAGAAUAAUCUUGUAUGAGGUGUGUUCUUUCUAGGUAGAGAAGGUAUAGCCAUUACAUUGCUGCAGGCCAGUAUCUUGAAGCACCUCCAUUUAUUCUUCCUACUCUGCCACAGACUUCCCCAGUCAAGUUGGGAAAGUCAAGCCCUAAUCCUCUAAGGAUCUCCUUUUGUCUCAGUUUUUCAUCUUUUAUAAGGAAUUGCAGUAUUUUUUUACCUAAAGCAGAUUUUCAGGGUAAAAAUACUAUGGGUUUGGAGAUGCUUGGAUAUUUAGCAGUGGAUAGGGUGGUGGGAGCUUGUUAGCUUUCCAAGAGCCUUGCCUUGAUUAAACAGCAUAUAUAAUUAAAAUGCAGUAUAUAAUCAAGCUUAGCUCUUUGAUAAGCAAAUUAUCAGUUUCUGAUACAGUACUUCACCUUUGUAAAAUUAACUUUUAAGCAAUAAUUACACUUCAGAAGCUUUGAUAUGCUUAUUAGCCAUAGUGACCUCUCCUCACUGCCUAGGCCUUCAAAGCAUCAGACAUAAAGCAAGUCUGGUGGAAGACAUUUAGCGUGGCUACUCUCAUCUGUGAGGGAGACGGAAUGCUGAUUCUGUAGCCUAAGUAAAGUGAAAAUGAUGUUGGUUUUUUUAAUCCCCCUUUUUUUUUUUGUACUCCAAUCCCUUUCAAUAGUGUUUCCUCUCUUGCUUGUGAAACGUAAAGUGCAACUACUUUUGUCUUACCUUUUGUGUGAGCUAGUUUAGCUGCACACAGCUGAGCAAGAUCUGACUAGCACAGCUGUGCUCCUUUAAAACAACAGACAAUUAUUUAUUUUCCUACAAACUGCCAGAGAUUCAAAAAUCUGUUCCUUUUUACUUUCUUCACUUACACAGUUAAUUUGCAAUUAAAUUGUUUGUUCAGAAGUGGUAAUAAGAUCUCUAAACUCAUUAAUCAAAAAGGAAAACUUGAGUUGGAAUGUAGUUUGAAAUAAAUAUGCUGCUUAAAGGCUCAACAGAAGCAGGACUUCCCAGAGCUGUAGUUUUUAGUGAUUUUUGUGUGUGUUAACUGAGAGGAAUGCCUCACAGUUAUGAUUAAAGAGACCUACAUUUAUCACAGAUUUAUGUAAAAUCUUACAUUGCUACUUUAAUUUUUCUAGAAUAAAUGGAUGUAUGUGACUUUUCCUCUGAUCUAAAGUGGUUCCAUGUCUUGUUUGGACUGUUCCUGUAUUCUACGUACACCAGUUGAACCACUUGGACCAGCAGAGCUAUCUCAGAGCAGCAUCAGUGAAUGCCUGGUGGAUUCUGAUCUAGCCUGGAUCCCCCCAUCUACAGGAAGGAAUGAUAUGGUAUUUUGCUCUCCUAAUGUCUCUCACUAUGAACUCCAGCUGGAAAUAGGAAGGAGGUUCAACAACUUAACUUCAGUCUACCUUGCACGGCACACGCCUACAGGCAUGCAAGUUGCUGUAAGGAUCACAGACCUAGAAAAUUGCUCUGAAGAGCAUUUGAAAGCCUUACAGAAUGAGGUGGUUUUAUCCCACUUUUUCCAGCAUCCCAAUGUAAUGACAUUUUGGACAGUGUUUACAGCUGGUAGUUGGCUUUGGGUCAUCUCCCCUUUCAUGGCCUAUGGUUCAGCUAGACAUCUGCUGAAGACUUACUUUCCUGAAGGGAUGAGUGAAGCUUUGAUACGGAACAUUCUAUUUGGUGCGAUCAGAGGAUUAAAUUACAUGCACCAGAACGGCUACAUUCACAGGAGUAUUAAAGCUAGCCACAUUCUGAUUUCAGGGGAUGGGCUGGUUUCUCUCUCUGGCUUAAACAGCCUCUACAGUUUAGUUAACAACGGACAAAAGUCAAAGGUGGUAUAUGAUUUCCCACAGUUUAGUACAUCUGUCCUUCCUUGGCUGAGUCCUGAACUACUGAGACAGGAUUUGUCUGGGUAUAACAUGAAGUCUGACAUUUACAGUGUGGGAAUUACAGCAUGUGAAUUAGCAAAUGGACACGUUCCAUUUCAAGAUAUGCCUCCCACUCAGAUGCUGCUGCAAAAGCUGAAAGGUCCCACAUAUUGUCCUUGGGAUAUAAAUACCUUUUCCUGUGGGGAAUCCAGGAUGAAGAAUUCCAGAUCAGGUGUUGAUUCUGGAAUUGGUGAGAGCAUGACACACACAAUGACCAGUGAAAGACUACAAAUUCCGUGUUCCAAAACGUUCUCACCUGCAUUCCACAACUUGGUAGAACUCUGCUUGCAACAGGACCCUGAGAAAAGGCCAUCAGCAAGCAGUUUGCUUUCACAUACGUUCUUCAAACAGAUAAAAGAACAAACACAGAAUUCACUACUGUCUCUAUUACCACCUCCUAUUCAAAAUAACAGAUCAGAGUUUUUGGCACUGCCCUCAACAGCAGUUGGGACUGAACUUGGACAUAUUACUGCAAAUCAAGAUGAUAUAGACUGGGAAUUCUAAAGAAAUACCAAACAAUCAUACCUCUCGUGUUUCACAGAAGAAAAAUGUGAUUUGACUUUGCUGCUUUAGUUAUAUGGUUAUGAUACAAUUACACAAGGUAUACUUGAAAUGCCAUUGAAGUGGCCAUACUUCAUUAACUAUGCCCUUGAUUGGCAUAAUGAGGUGCAGUGUGCCUCACUUUCUGACUGUAAGGAAAACUAUCUAGAGAACAGCUGAAUGCUUAUCUUCCUCUUUCAAAGUAUUUCUUAAAGUUCCUGCUAUAAUCCUACUCUAUAUUUUCAUCUCAUGCUGCUGCAGUCUCUAUGUGCCUUUCUGAAUUCAGGCUUAGGUUUUGUCUGUGGUCUUAAUUAUACAAUCUGUUUGUCUUUUCAUGAUCACCCAAAUUAUUUUAGCAAAGAGAAAUCCUUCAUUUGUAAGUCUGAAUUUGAAUUGACACAAAUAAGUUGCUUCUGCAGCUCAAAAGGUGUUUUUCUAACUUGAUGCACUGUCAUACUUGCCAAAAGUUAGCUAUGCAUGAUUUUUUUUCAUGCAGUUAUAAUACUGUGUUUCCCAAGGAAGUUAAGCUACUUUAAAAUGACUCAUACUCUUGCAUUUGUCUACAUUCUUAGUACAAAUUUGUACCUUUGCAUCUCCAUUUAUUAUGUCAUUGGAGAACCUCGUACUAUGCAAAGUAACCGUGAAGUUUAUAAGAGGUUCAGGUUUAUUAUGAAGAAUCAUUAAAUAAUCUAAAGUUACUGUACGUAUUUUUAUGUAUACUGUAUUCCUGUUCACCACCAGAACUUACCAGCACCUAAUACUGUUUUCUUAAAGGAAAGGCAACAUGCAUUAAGCUUCACUGGCACUGCUGCUGGCAACGAACCUCUUCUGCAAGCCAGUUAAAUUCCUAUAGAUUCAGCCGUAACAGCCUAAUAAACUCCUUAUGAUUCUAGUGAAUUUAUCUAUCCAAAGUCAGAUGAAAAACUGCCUUUCUUUUCCCUGCAAUUCACUAAGUUCUGAUCUCUCAUACUUUACCAGGCAACUCAAGCUGAACAACAGCUUUUUUCAAAAGCUGCAUAUUCUCAUUGUCUUAUAGCAAAAGUCGUGCACCAAAGCCACUAGUACUUCACUGAUACACAAGUCCUGACUGUAGUAAAAAUGUAUAAAUAGGUAUCAAAUUGAUAGAUUUUAAAUUUUCAACAUAAACAACAUUCCACAUUAAGUCUUCCAUAGCUGUGCUGGUCUACAGCCACGCUUGCAAGUACUACUGUUUUGCCAGUGGCUUCACUACAAAGCCUUGAAGACCAAAUGACCAAAACACAAGACUGAGACAGACAUGAAAUCUUAACCACAUUAUUAAUAAAACAGUUGAUUCUACUCAUGCUGUGAAGAGAGCUGUGUAUUUCAAAAUCUAAUACAUGAAAUUUAGGAUUAAAAACCUUUCAAUAAGCUUA